GCGGGAAACCAAUGGAUGAGAAAGAGGACUUCAUUCUGUUGCCUUUUGCAGCUUCAUGGCUUCUCUGUUAUCAUCUUCAAACUCUCUCUUCUCGAGCUCCUCAACUCACAAAAUACGUGCCUCACCAUUGAAAGGCAAGGGAAAGAAGAAUGCUGGUGUUCGAACACUGUGGAUAAAGGCGGCGACCUCUGCGGAGCCCGACAAGGAGAAGAAGACUGCUCAGGCUUCAAGCGAAGCUUCAGCCUCCUCUGCAAAGCCCUUGAGGCCAAAGAAACCAGAAUACUCGAUGAAGAAAGGACAAAUUGUAAGGGUGGAUAAAGAGAAGUACCUAAAUAGUAUCAACUAUUUAUCAGUUGGGCAUCCCCCUUAUUACAAAGGCUUGGACUACAUAUAUGAAGAUCGUGGCGAGGUUUUGGAUAUCAGGAUCUUUGAAACAGGAGAAUAUGCUCUCAUUGCUUGGGUCGGAAUCCCUACUGCUCCUGCAUGGCUUCCUACAGAUAUGCUCAUUAAGUCGGACCAACUCAACUACGAGAGAAUUUGACUUCAGAGAGAGAUUGUGGAUAUCUUGCUGUGUCCGCGAUGCUUGCAAGUUAUUGCGUAGGGUGAUGAAGGGCGUAUACAGCUUCAUUUCAGUAAAUGUAUCAUGUCUACCAAGACUUAGUAAAUAAAUAUCAUGCUUGUCAUGAGUGGAUAUAUAUAAUAUAAAACAGAGACUCGUGUUAUGUUUGAAUUGUAACUUCGUCAAGGUAUAAGUCUUCCGUAUUUCUUCAUGGUUACCUUGUGACUGUUUGGUGUUUGAAAAUUUCAAUUCAAACUGCCAAUAAGUCUUCCUAUUUAUGUUUCUUGACCUA